UUUACCAAGAAGUCUGAGAAGAUUAUUCUUGCAGGAACUCGCUUCGAAAAAGAUGCUCUCAUUUGGUACAAGCUUUCUCUGUGCAACCACUUGGAGCAUCAGAACAAUUCCAAUGUACAUACUCAGAGUACUAAGAAUAUGUUUGAUUCUUUUGAAAGCUUUGAGAAGGCUCUUAAGAAGAUCUUUGGUAAUUCUAAUGAAGAAUGUAUUAUAGCUUAG